AUCAUGACUCUCGCCACUGGGCCAGGCAUGGAGACGUUGGGGCCUAAGAUAUUUCUCCUUAUCAUCAUUCUCCCAGCAGGAAUUCCAUGGCUUGUACAGGCCUUCACUCCUUACCUCUCGCUCUUCUACCUGGGUCGAGUGGUCUCUUGCCUCAUUUACACUGCCCUGGGCCCUGUCGUGGCCGUCCUCAUUGCAGAGAUUAGUGAGCCAAGAAUUCGUGGUCUGUUGCUCAGUGUUGAAGAAAUCACUGUCGCCGUCGGCCAGCUGGCCAUCUACGUCAUGGCACACUCCCUCCCCUGGGACGUGGCCACGGCUGUUUGUGCAGCUCCCAUGAUCUUGGUCGCCUCCCUCACCUUCUUUGUGCCAGAGAUCAAACAACUUGCCAAGCCUCAAAAUUAUCGUCCAGUUCUGCUGUUGACGGCAGUCUUCAUCCUGAGGGAGCUCGGAGGGCAGUACGUGGUCUUCUCCUACACGGUGUACCUCUUCCGGAAGGCGGGCGUCGGCCUGGACGCCUUUGUGUGCACAGUCCUGGUGGGCGUCGUGAGGCUCGUCUUCACAGUGGUCGGCGCGGCGAUCGUGGACCGCGUCGGGCGUCGCCCUCUGCUGAUCGCCACGUCUCUCGUAUGCGGAGCGGCCGAGGUCGUCGGCGCGGUAUUCCUGCUGGUGGACGUCCCCGGGUCUUCGUGGGUCCCGCUCGCAGCGGUGAUGAUUUUCGUGUCCUCGUACGGCCUUGGAAUCGGCCCUAUACCCUGGGCUCUCAUGGGCGAACUCAUUCCCACUCCUGUGAGAUCAGUUGGAAGUUCAGUGUGCAAUUUGAAUUUCUCAAUGUUUAGCUUUAUUAUCAGUUUCGUUUUUCCAUACUUGCUGGAAAUUGGUCUUGGCUCUGCAUUCCUGGUCUUCGCUUCAGCAAAUGCCAUUUUGACACUGAUGCUUUGUGCCUUCUUACCUGAAACUUGUGGAAAAUCUUUAAGUGACCUUGAAGAUACAUUUAAGUCUUCCCCUGGGCAAUCAGAGUAG